UUCUGGCAGCGCCAUCCACUCUGCGGCAUGUCGUCUCACUCGUCGGCAGCCAGCGAAAUUGUGGAAAAAUCGCCGUAGAAAAGUUAGCUCUCCCUGAGGCGCUUCGGUUAUCAUUCCAUUAGGGGGCAUAAGUUUCUCUGAUUUAUACUCCAAGCCGUGGAUCUCACUCCUGGAGAUCUUCAAACUCUCGGACGUCCUCCUCACGUUAAGAAGUUAGUAGCUUUCGAAGCGAUGCAUUGGAAUCAUUUCGGAUCCGGAACUCUAGUCGCGAGAAUCCCGCUUCAUUGGCGCUGUCUGAGAGCGUCGGACGAAGGCAUCGAAUAUGUCAGUCAUUCUGUAGGAUGUUGCGCUUGCCUUGUUGGGAACGUCUCGUAUUCUCUGCGGAAUCUCGAGCCGGUGCAGGAAUCAUCUGAGUGAAGCUUCGGAAGCCGUUAACUCGGUAAUUCAAUAACGUCACUCUUCCUAACUCUAGGGUUUCACAAGAUCCCCGAACCAUGUCUGAUGACAACAUGUCAGAUAAUGAGGAGGACUACGAUUUGGAAUACUCUGAGGACGACGACUCCCAGCCUGACGUCGAUCUGGAAAAUCAAUAUUACAAUUCAAAAGCUCUGAAGCAAGAUGACCCGAAGGCUGCUCUGCAGAGUUUUCAGAAGGUGCUGGAUCUCGAGGGCGGGCAGAAAGGGGAUUAUGGAUUCAAAGCUCUGAAACAGAUGGUUAAAAUCAAUUUCCGACUCGGGCAGUACGAAGAAAUGAUGUCUCGCUACAAGCAACUCUUGAGCUACAUAAGAACAGCGGUCACCAGAAAUUAUUCCGAGAAAUCUAUAAACUCCAUUUUGGACUACAUUUCGACAUCGAAACGGAUGCAGCUUCUCCAAGAGUUCUACGAGGUCACUCUGGAUGCCUUGAAGGAUGCGAAGAACGAUCGACUCUGGUUCAAAACGAACACGAAACUCGGAAAACUUUACCUCGAUCGAGAGGAGUAUCCGAAGUUGCAAAGGAUCCUCAAGCAAUUACAUCUCAGCUGCCAGAAUGUGGACGGGAGUGAUGAUCUUCGAAAAGGGACGCAACUCCUGGAGAUCUACGCUCUUGAGAUCCAAAUGUACACAGCCCGGAAGAACAACAAGGAACUCAAAAAGUUAUACGAAGCAUCGCUCCAAAUCAAAAGUGCGAUCGCGCAUCCUCUGAUCAUGGGCGUCAUCAGAGAAUGUGGAGGUAAAAUGCAUCUGCGGGAGGGGGAGUACAACUUCGCACACACGGAUUUCUUCGAAGCUUUCAAGAAUUACGACGAGAGCGGAUCGCCCCGACGGACAACUUGUCUCAAGUAUCUCGUUUUGGCUUCGAUGCUCAUGCAAAAAGAAUCGGCGAAAGUAAUAAAUGUAUUGGAUUCGCAAGAAGCCAAGCCGUACAAGGACGACCCCGAAAUCGUUGCUCUCACCGAUCUGGUCGAUGCCUAUCAGGCCCACAACAUAUCUCGAUUCGAAGCCAUCGUGAGUGGACCUCACAAGGAAUCCAUAAUGAAAGAUGCCUUCAUCAAGGAACAUAUCGAACAGCUGCUUCUUAACAUCCGGAGACAAGUCCUCAUCCGACUCAUAAGGCCGUACACGAGAAUAAAAAUCGAUUUCAUCUCUUGUGAGCUGAAUAUACCCUCUCAAGACGUCGAGAGUCUCCUGGUCUCAUGCAUCCUAGACAAUACGAUCCAAGGGAGAAUCGACCAGGUCCGUCAGGUCCUGGAGCUCAGUUCGUCGUCUGUCCAGAAGCGUUACUCGGGCAUGGAGCAAUGGGCUCUUCAAAUACAAAAUCUCCAAAAUACGAUGAGUGCCAUGUUGUCAUAGAUCUGAGCACAAUUAUGUUGAGCCUCGAGGUUCCGGUCCUACUGCGGGAGCUUUGACCGACAACAUUGAGUUUUAGACGCUAUAUGUGAUGACUUACGUCCCCUUUA